AUGAAAAUAUAUCUAGUACAAUUUAUUAUUUUAUACAUUAUUUCUUCAAUUAAUGUUAUUGAAAGUUCUGAAGAUUCAACUAUAAAACCUGAAUCGGAAUGUUAUUGUCCAUGCCUGACAACAGAUGCACCUUUAGUUCAAACUACAUACAAUAAUAAUGGUAAUUCAUUUACAACAGCUGUAAAUUCUUUAUCACCGUUAGAUAGUGGUAAUCAAAAAACUACAGAAAAAAUGAUUUUAGCAACAAAAGAAGAUAAGGAAAAAGUGGAGGAGGUAAGUACUAUCAAAUUAAACAUAAAUGAUAGCAGCACACUCAAUCCAAUUGACUAUACCAUAGUAUCUGUAAUUGAUAAUGAACUUACAACACAAUCUAAUGUCAAUAAAAUAUCAAACCAACAUCUUACUGAUAACACUACACCAUAUAUUAAAUCAAGUACAUUUUUAGAUAAUACAACAACAACCAAAAUAGAAGAAGAUAUAUCAGAAAUUGUAGAAAAUACAACCACAACUAUUGGUGAAAAUAAAACUUUAAUUAUAGAUGAAAUAAAACAAACUACAGAAAAUUAUGAAACUACUGAGGAUAAAAAUAUUUUGUUAGAAAAAGAAAAUAAAACUCAAGAAAUAGUAAAAGAAUUAAACUUAACCACAAAAAUUCCUAAUCCACGUUUUUCUAUAAGUAAACUUUCAACAAAAACUGAAAUUUCAUCAAAUGAAGGAUAUGGAAUUGCUUUUAAAAUAUUAUUCUUUUUUCAAAAUAUUAAGAAAGUUAUAAUUAGUAACAUUUUCUACUAA